CAAUACUUUACUUGGCCAAGUUGCUUGCCGAGCAGGGAUCUAGUAGUAGUAUCUAUUUUAUUACCGUGUAUUGAUAUUAUAAUAAUUUAUUGGAUUUUGCUUUUCGUUUUAUUAGUUCACUUAAGUUUUAACCAGUUAAUGUAAAGUUAAUGAGUAAUGGCAUUUAUUUAGUACUAAAAAGUUUUUAGAUUGGAAUCUGCAACACAAAUCAGUUUUUAAAAAAGAAAAGGAAAAAGUAAAAUGUCUUGUAACUAUGCUGAUGGUUUAUCACCUUAUGAAUAUAAGGGAGAAAUGGGUAUGGAAGAGAUGUUUGAUUCUCCCGAUGAGUUAAAGUUAAAAAUUUCACAGUUAGCCAAAUGGAUUAAAGACUCAAAGUAUACUGUAUUUCAUACAGGUGCUGGCAUUAGUACAUCAGCUGGUAUCCCAGAUUUUAGGGGACCUAAAGGUGUAUGGACGCUCGAAAAAGAAGGAAAAAAACCAGAAGUAAAUUUAGAUUUUAACGAUGCAGAACCAACUAUUACUCAUAUGGCAAUCAAUAGUUUAGUUAAUCAAGUGUUAGGUCAAACACUGUUAAAAAGUUAUAUACAUAAAGAUUUAUUAACAAUUAAAGGGUGUGCCAAUUAUGUCGUCAGUCAAAAUAUAGAUGGCUUACAUUUGAAGUCUGGACUACCACGUCAAUUUUUAUCUGAAGUGCACGGAAAUAUGUUUACUAUGAAAUGUAUAAAAUGUAAAAGGAGUUUCGUGAGUAAAACUGCUGUACAAACUGUAGGUCAACGAUGUCUUAAUCUUAAAUGUAUGGGAGUAACUAAAAACGGUCACCAAUGUCGAGGUGUUCUGUAUGAUACAAUAUUAGACUGGGAACAUCAAUUGCCUGAUGACGAAUUAGAGUUGGCCGAAUUACAUUCUAAAAUGGCUGACUUGUGUAUUUGUUUGGGAACUUCUUUACAAAUCCAACCAAUCAACCAAGUGCCCUUUUAUGCUAAAAAGAAUUCAGGAAAAGUCGUUAUAUGUAAUUUACAAAAAACUAAAUGUGACCGAAAAGCUGAUUUAGUUAUUCACGCUUAUGUAGAUGAUGUAAUGAGAUCUUUAAUGGAAAUUCUUCAAGCUGACAUAGCUGAGUACAAUGAACUAAAUGAUCCCACUAAAGAAGUUAAAAUAACUGACUGGACAAUUUAUAAGGAGCAUUUAGAAGCAGUUCGUGAACUAAAAAAACUUUCUAUACGUAGUAGGAAACGAAAAAGACCUUCAAACGAAGAUACACUCAAAACCGAUAGCUGAUCACUCUAUUAUAAUAAUGGCUAAUUUUUUUUACUUAAGAGGGUUCUGCUACCUCAGUUGAUUUCUAUUUGCUUACAAGUAUGUUUUUAAAAAGUUUGUCUAUAAAUUAAAGUUCUUAAACUAUUUGACCCAAUUAAGAAAUGUAUGCCACUUUAGUUUUCUAGAUAUUUUGCCUGACUUUUGGAGUGUUUAUUAUUGUUAUUAUGUAGAGUAGGUUCCAAGAAAAACUAUAUUAUGACAAUGAGUUUAUAUAUUAUACACAAUUACACAUGAUCCAUAUGUGAACGACAACAUGAAACUAUACAGAGUAUGUAUAUUAUAGCACAAGUAGGAAAAGUUGGUCAAGGCGACAAUGCAUCCUUAGUUGUUUUUGUGGAUCAAAAUCUUACUAUACUGGUUAACUUAGUUCUUGUAAGAGCUCACUUAUCCAAAUCCUUUUGGUAGAUUCUCUGACAAUUGCCACAAUUUCUGCCUCUGUAGAUGAUAGAUACACUGUUUUUUUGUUUCUGAUACCUCUUAGGAAAUUAUUGAACUAAAAACCUUGAAACAGUAGCCGGUGAUAGAUUACCUGUUGGCUGUAUCAUUUUCCCAGUCGGCAUCAGCAUAACCAAUUAGUGCUUGGUCAUUUACCCUAAAAACAAGUUCAUAAUGUAUGAUCUGUUUUAUAUAUAUUAGAAUAUGUUGCAGGUGCUUGCAGCGUUUCUCAGUUGCUUUCUCUUGAAAUUGUUUGAGGUUAAAAACAGCAUAAGCUAUGUCUGGUCGCGGUAUAUGUAAUGUGCCGCUUAUAUAAGGCUGCCUAUCAGCUCUAUAUGGUUGACUUAUCUUUUCUUCAUUUAUUUUAUUUGAACUCAAUCGUACCUCCUUAGGUGUCUUAAUCGGUUUGCAUUGGUCCAUAUUAAAUGUGUUGAGAUAUGGUUGGUCAAUUAUAAAAAAAUCAAAUACUUAAUUGUCAACAUCUCACUUGAUGUUCAUACCGAGAAAACUGUGACAAGAGCCUAUGUCUGACACUUUAAACUUUUUAUGGAAUUUUAACUUAGUCUCUUCAAUAUCUGCUAUAUUUGGAUCAAUAAUAAGUAUGUUAUCAACAUUAAUAAUAAUAAAUAAGUUUAUAUUUGACUUAUAUACACAACUGUCAGACUUGAGCUGUUGAAAACCAAUUGAAGUGAGAAAUGUAUUAAACUCAUUGUUUCAUACUUGUGCAGAUUUUUUUACACCGUACAUAGGUUUCUUUAAUUUACAUAUCAAAUUAUUGUUGACCAUGUAUCCAUCUGACUGCAAUAUAUAUAUAUAUAUCUUCCUGUAGGUUACCGUUAAGAAAGGCGGUACACACGUUCAUAUGUUGGAUUUUCCAUUUUUCUUUGUUCUCAAGAGUUAGCAGUACGCGGAUGGUUGUUAUAUUGGUCACAGAUAAAAAUGUCUGUUAUUAGUCAAAACCACGUUACUGUGUAAAUAAUUUGGCAACCAGUCUGUCUUUAAACCUUAGAAUGUGCCCUGCUCUAUUGGUUUUAGUUCCGAAUGUCCACCUGCAUCCUAUCAGUUUUAAAAACUAACUUAUUUUGAGCAAGUACUUCAGAAAACUUGAUUUAAAAACCAAUAUUACAUUUUUUACUUGGUGAGGUUUUUUAUAUAGUGAUUUUGUAUUAAAGUAUUAAAAAACAAAAUUAAGUUAUUUGAGGUAUUAAACUUCUAAUAUCAUUUACCCACAUCCAAUUUACAUUUAAUACUACCUUUUCUUAAUGUUUGCAAAAUUCUGAAACGUAUCCACAAAUAAAAUAGAAUAGUUUGAAAAUAUUUAAUUCUACAUCUAUAAUUACAGACGUGUUUAAAGUGCAUGUGAUGUAAUACCCAAUAAAUAAAUAAUAUUGAUACCUUUUUAGAGGCUUGUAACCAGCGGUCGGCUGCCUUUCGUUAACGUUCCCAAACCACACUGCCAUGCAAGUCAGGAGUGCAUUCCAGCCAAUGUCCAACCAAAAUGUACUAAGUCGGUUUGGCCGCCAUUCAUUCAAAUUUUAGACGUUUUAUUUCGCCAAAUCACUCUGAUAUGAUUGACUACAACGUACACGAGUUUUCUUAACACAAAUUGUAAAUAUAAUUUAUAAUAUGUAUACAUGUAAGCACCUAUUAUAAUUUUGUUUGGAUUCCCUGUGUUCAAUUCAAUUCAAAUUUGUUUUCGAUCAUAUGAAACUAAAGACUUUGAAAUCCAGAUGCUGAGAUCACGGAAUUCUACAAAAUCACAGGGAUUCAUUGUCUCGAUAUACUUAAAUAAUCUAAUAGUAGCUAAAAACAAAAAUUACCAAAUUAGGUUUGUUAGAAAUAUGUUUUUUUGGAUGUUUAAGUUAUAGUUAAAUUAACCACCGAAGGUAAAAAAUCCCUUAUGACCACCACCGAUUAUUAAUAGGAGUCCAGUUUAAAUAAUAUAACAUGUUAAUUAUCUUGGAAAAAAAAUUAUCUGAAAAAUGGAAUAAUCCAAAUUUCUGAAAUCUUGAUUUUCCUUAUACUAAUAGCGAAAUAGCUUAAAAAUUGACUGGCCGACUGAAUAACUAAAUCAAUGUAAAGUUUAAAAAAAACUGUGGUGCUACGAAAGGUGUAUACUAUAGAAAUAAGAAAAUUUCUUAAUGCAUCUCUGACGUAACACGGUGACUAUGGAAGUGCUGAAGGUUUAAAUAAAUGCUUUUGAACAAAUUAGGAAGUCUUAAUUCCAACAAUUGUACUUGGUCGGCAUUAGUGAUUUUUGUGCAACACAGGUUGGCAUUAUGUCAAUCAAACCAAAAAUUAAAAAAUGUUUUACAAGUAUCUGAUUAACAAAAUAAUAAAAUUUAAUACAACUUAAAACUUUCGUUAAAGAACUUAGUUUCUACUUCAGAAUAACAAGAAUAUUAUUAUUAUUGUUAUAGUUCUACCAAUAGUCAAUACGCUUAAAUAAAUAAACAUUUCUAGCUCGUUUAUUUAAAAUAUUUGAGAUAAUUAGUAAUUAAAAUCUAUACAUAUUUGUAUUUCGACAUUUUAUGUUUACUUAAUAAUUAAUACUAUUGUACAGAUUAAUGUCAUUGCAAAACCCUACUAUUCUACUAUUCCU